AUGUUCAACGCACUAAACAGUCUUUCCGAAAAUCAGUCAUUGCUUGUUAUGCCUCCAUGGCACAAUAUGUGGCUUAUAGCGGCAAUCUGCUUUAGUAUGGCGCUACACUUCGCUAUCUUGUACAUUAACGUGCUAGCCAAUAUAUUCCAGAUAGCUGCACUGAAUGUCGUCGAAUGGGCUGCUGUGGUGAAGAUCUCUAUACCCGUACUUUUAUUGGAUGAAACACAAAAAGCUGUGGUCCGGUCUGUGCAAAAGGGUCAUAAUCCGCUUCAUGAGGCAGUGAUUCCAAUUAUUAUCUGGUGUCUCUAUGCUGUUUUCCUCGGUUUCAACCCUUUGUAA